AUGGCUGAGCAAGUGAUAAGUGAUCUUCCGGAGGAAGUUUUGGCAGCUAUCAACCCAGGUCCAGUUUCUAUCCCGGGUAUUGAGCCUGGUGAAGAAGAAGAAGAGGAGUCUCCUUUGGAGCUGGUCAACUCAUCUUCGAGAGCCAACUCAUAUGCGUCUUCGUCCUCAAACACCGUAUCAACUGUGGGUGGCAUCUCCUUCAGCAAAAUUCUGUACUUCACAGGCACAUGCUCAAUAAAUUUAAUUCUACCCUUCGUCAAUGGACUAAUGCUCGGGUUCGGCGAGUUGAUCGCGCACGAAAUUAGCUGGAAAUUCAAUUGGUUCGGGAAAAGUAACAAAGGGUACAAGAUAUAUCCCGAAUCUCGGAAGCUGGCUGCCCUUAAGGAGCAGCAGAUAGCCGACCAAGAAGCAGUUGAAAAGAAGAGUGAUGGUUUCUUGUGA